UCCAUCAAGAAAUUAACGAAUUCGUCAACAGCAUUAGCUUCUUCUAUACUAUCCUCCAAACGAUCAGGAAAACAAUCACACACUGGUCUAACGGUCUUAACUUCCCGCAAACAUGAGAGUCUUCUUCACUCACCUUAACUGCCUCAUCAUCAUUCUUAUUAGCUUCUUCUUCAUCACUUCAUCAACCUCUUUCGAUGCUUUAACCGGAACACAAAUCCUCACAACCAACCAAACCUUGUUGUCAGAAAACCAAACCUUCGUUCUAGGCUUCUUCAGAGAUUCCAACACCAACUAUUACCUCGGAAUAUGGUACAACAACAUCAUUCCUCAAACAAUAGUUUGGGUUGCAAACAGAGACAACCCUGUUGACAACUCUACCGGCUAUCUCAAGAUCGGAGACAACGGAAACUUUGUCCUCCUCAAUUCAUCCGGGAACCCCGCAUGGUCCUCCAACCAAACCAGCGCCAAGAAUCCUGUUCUCCAGCUCCUCGAUACCGGUAACCUUGUUCUCAAAGAUUCAGAGCAGAGCAAUAACUACCUAUGGCAGAGCUUCGAUUACCCAACAGAUACUUUGCUACCUGGGAUGAAAUUGGGUUGGAACUUCGACACAGGAGUUGAGAAGCACUUAACAUCGUGGAAGGUAACAGGUGAAGACCCUUCUUCCGGUGACUACACUUACAAGCUAGAUUACCGCGGUUUACCUGAGAUUUUUCUCAGGAGAAAGCAGACUAUCAUAUACCGAACUGGUCCUUGGAAUGGUGAGAGAUUCAGCGGGGUUCCAACGAUGAACGCCGAUACUCAUUCCAUUGUGUUCAGCUUCUCCGAUGACGCGCACGGCGUGUUCUACUAUUUCUCCAUCGGGAACGCUUCUUUGUUAUCGAGGCUAACGGUGACCUCAGAUUCAGACGGAGAACUUCAACGGUGGACGUGGACAGAGAGCAGCGAAUCUUGGAACGAGUUCUGGUACGCACCGGCGGAUCAAUGCGACCAUUACAGGGAGUGUGGUCCGUACGGAGUGUGUGACAGUAAUGCAUCACCGGUUUGCACAUGUAUGAAAGGGUUCAGCCCUAAGAACCCUCAGGCUUGGAAUCUGAGAGAUGGAUCUGGCGGGUGUGUGAGGAACACGGGUUUGAAUUGUUCGACUGACAAGUUCUUGCAUCUUGAGAACAUGAAGCUGCCGGAGACAAGCAGCGUGUUUAUGAAUAAGAGUAUGACACUUGAUGAAUGUGAGAGUUUGUGUAAGAGGAAUUGUUCAUGCACUGCAUAUGCAAACAUCGAUAUCAGAAAUGGAGGAAGUGGCUGUGUCAUGUGGCUUGGCCAACUCUUCGACAUGAGAGUCAACGGUAUGGAUGGCCAAGAUCUCUAUGUCAGAUUGGCAGCUGCUGAUAUAGGAUCUACUAGCUCCAACAAGAAUCAUAGAGCAGUUCUGGCUAUUGGCAUCACACUUGGUGCACUUGUUUUAGUUUUGGGAUUGGUUGCUAUUCGUUACUUAAGGAAGAAGAGACGACAAAGUUCUAGAGGUGACGAAAGGAACAUGGAUGAUCUGAAAUUGCCAAUGUUUGAUUUUGAUACCCUAUCGAUGGCUACAAAUAAUUUCUCUCAAGAUAAUAAACUUGGAGAAGGAGGCUUCGGUAGUGUUUAUAAGGGUAGAUUGAUUGAAGGUCAAGAAAUUGCUGUAAAAAGGUUAUCAGAAAAUUCUGGACAAGGAAUUAAUGAAUUUAAAAAUGAAAUCAAAUUAAUUGCCAAACUCCAACAUCGAAAUCUAGUCCGAUUACUUGGUUGCUGCAUUGAGAAGAAUGAGAAGAUGGUGGUCUAUGAAUAUAUGGAAAAUAGGGGACUUGAUUCCAUUUUGUUUGACAAAUCAAAAAAUCUCUUGCUUAAUUGGGAGAGGCGCUAUAAUAUUAUAUAUGGAAUAGCUAGAGGACUUCUUUAUUUGCAUCAAGAUUCAAGAUUUCGAAUUAUUCAUAGAGAUCUCAAGAUAAGCAAUAUAUUAUUAGAUAUUGAAAUGAAUCCAAAGAUAUCAGACUUUGGAAUGGCUAGAGUUUUUGACAAAGAUCAAAUACAAGAAAAAACAGCAAGAGUUGUUGGAACAUAUGGUUAUAUGUCUCCUGAAUAUAUUAUGGAUGGAAACUUUUCAAUAAAAUCUGAUGUUUAUAGCUUUGGAGUCAUGGUAUUGGAAAUUAUAACUGGAAAAAGAAAUAGAUUUUCCAGUGAUAACGACAAAUUGAAUCUUCUGGAAAAUGUUUGGAGACGUUGGCAUGAAGGAACUAUAUUGACAUUGGUUGAUUCAUCCAUUGGCAAUUCAUAUACAGAAUCAGAAGUUUUAAGAUGCAUACAUGUUGGUCUCUUAUGUGUUCAAGAAUGUGCAGAAGAUAGACCAACAAUGUCUUCAGUGAUUUUAAUGUUGAGUAGUGAAGCUGCAUUAAUGCCAUGUCCAAAAAAUCCUGGAUUUUUUCUAAGAAGGAAUCAUGCAGAAACAUCUUCAAGAAAUCAAGAUAAAACAGAGAGUGUAAAUCAAGUUAGUGUUACAUUACUAAAUGCUAGGUAGUAAAAGAAAUUUAAAUUCAUACAAUAUAUUUUUGUAUUCUUAAAAGAAUGAUUUUUUUAAAUUCCUUUUUGUCUUUUUUAUA